CUGAUGUCAAACAUGAGUGGAAAUGUCGAGGACGACCUCCAACAGUUGGAACCAUCUGUGAGAAAUGUCAUUGAGCAGAAGUCCCUCAGGUGGAUAUUCGUCGGGGGGAAGGGGGGCGUGGGGAAGACCACCUGCAGCUGCUCACUGGCUGUUCAACUGUCAAAGGUACGAGAGAAUGUCCUCAUCAUCUCCACUGAUCCAGCUCACAAUAUCUCAGAUGCAUUCGAUCAAAAGUUCAGCAAAGUGCCAACUAAGGUCAAGGGUUUUGAUAAUCUUUUUGCUAUGGAGAUUGAUCCCAAUGUGGGGCUGACUGAGCUGCCAGAGGAGUAUUUUGAAAAUGAACAUGUAAUUGAAGGAGAAGCGAUGAGAUUGAGUCGCAAUGUUAUGCAAGAGAUCGUAGCUGGAUUCCCUGGGAUUGACGAGGCGAUGAGCUACGCAGAAGUCAUGAAACUCGUCAAAGGGAUGAAUUUCUCAGUAGUCGUCUUCGACACAGCCCCCACAGGACACACCCUCAGGCUCCUGUCAUUCCCCCAAGUCGUGGAGAAGAGCCUGGGGAAGCUGAUGCGAUUAAAAAUGAAAAUUAGCCCGUUCAUAACUCAAAUAAGCUCUCUCCUCGGUAUGACGGACUUCAACGUUGAUACGUUUUCAAAUAAGAUUGAUGAGAUGCUGGCGAUCAUCAGACAAGUCAAUGAACAGUUCAGGGAUCCAGAGCAGACGACAUUCGUAUGCGUUUGUAUAUCGGAAUUUUUGUCGCUGUACGAGACAGAGAGACUCGUGCAGGAGUUGACAAAAUGUGGAAUUGAUACGCACAAUAUUAUUGUUAAUCAAUUGUUGUUCCUGAGGGAGGGCGAUGUGCCAUGCAGAUUGUGCCUGGCGAGGCACAAAGUUCAAGAAAAGUAUUUGGAUCAGAUUAGGGAUUUAUAUGAGGAUUUCCACGUCACAAAACUUCCACUUCUGGAGAAGGAGGUGCGGGGUGUGGAGUUUGUCAAAGAAUUUUCGGAGAACCUUGUGAAGCCAUACAAGCCUUAACCAAAAAUGAUGAUCUAAUGAUUGUCUAUCGAUUUUUGUAUAAAAUACAAUUUUUUUAUCAAACACUCCUAUUCAACAUUCGCUGGACAAUAUUUAAUAAAAUUAAUUAUGCAGAA